GCCAGACAUCUUGGCCGUCUGUCCCAUUUUCUUCGGUGGUUCGGUAACCAAGCGAUGGCCAUGGUGAGUGGGGGCUGGGGAGAUCCCAAUGGGGGCACCAACGGCUUGGGGGACAAGAGCUACCUGAGGGGGGAGGAGGAGGACGGCUCUCCGCAGGCGGGAGGCAGCGACAUGGAGGCCGGAGACGAUGACAAGUCCUGCGUGGUGGACUGCGUGGUGUGCGGGGACAAGUCCAGCGGGAAACAUUACGGCGUGUUCACGUGCGAGGGCUGCAAGAGCUUCUUCAAGCGGAGCGUCAGACGCAACCUCAGCUACACGUGCAGGUCAAACAGAGAGUGUCAGAUUGACCAGCACCACAGGAACCAGUGCCAGUACUGUCGACUGAAGAAGUGUUUCCGUGUUGGCAUGCGCAAAGAAGCAGUUCAACGCGGUCGCAUCCCACCUCAGCCAAGCCUCAGCCCCUCCAUCACGCCCAUAGGUGGCGCCAGCGGCCUGGGAGGGGGCGAGUUCUAUAACAACAACAACAACGGAGGAAGUGGUGGAGGUCAGCCGGUGUCGGAGCUCAUUUCCCAGCUGCUGCGAGCCGAACCGUACCCCAGCAGUCGGUUUGGACACCAGUAUAACCAGCAGGCCGGUCCGGAUAAUGCCAUGGGGAUCGAUAACAUCUGUGAACUGGCUGCCAGGCUUCUCUUCAGCACCGUGGAGUGGGCCAGAAACAUCCCUUAUUUCCCCGAGCUGCCUGUGUCAGACCAGGUGGCCCUGCUGAGGCUGAGCUGGAGCGAGCUGUUCAUCCUCAACGCGGCUCAGUCGGCCCUGCCGCUCCACAUGGCUCCUUUGUUGGCCGCGGCCGGCUUCCACUCCUCGCCCAUGUCUGCAGAGCGCGUGGUGUCCUUCAUGGACCAGGUGAGAGUGUUCCAGGACCAGGUGGACAAGCUGACCAGGCUGCAGGUGGACUCGGCUGAGUACAGCUGUCUCAAGGCCAUCGCACUGUUCUCACCAGACGCCUGUGGUCUAACAGACCCAGUCCACGUGGAGUCUCUGCAGGAGAAGGCUCAGGUGGCUCUGACGGAGUACGAGAGGAUGCAGUACCCGAGUCAGCCUCAGCGCUUCGGACGCCUGCUCCUGCGCCUCCCGGCUCUGCGCGCCGUCCCCGCCAGCCUCAUCUCGCAGCUCUUUUUUAUGCGCCUGGUAGGAAAGACACCCAUCGAGACGCUGAUCCGUGACAUGCAGCUCUCCGGAAGCUCAAUCAGCUGGCCGUAUGUCCCAGGACAGUAGCCCCCUUACGGGCGAGGUCUCCGUCUGGGAUAAGUGACGACAAGGACCCACAGGAAACCUCCUGACUCAUCACUGUCCAUCUGUGUGGUUAUCAAAUUGCAGCGCCAGCUGGCCAUCAUACGUACUGUACUGUAACCGCUCUAUUCCCCCUCAUGAAACAAGCCCUCAGUCUCCACGCGGGCCUCCAGCAAAGAGAAGAGCCGGUGCCAGGCUCGGUCUGUCUCGUUGCCAGCCCAGUCGUUCUGGUGCCAGGUCUCAGGCCAGUGACCAGCUUUUCAUGCUGGGCUCCGAUAUGGCCACCACAGCCAGUCAUGUCACCACCCACAUGCCAUAGUGACUAAGGACGCCACAGUUUCAUGUAGAGGGCAGCAGCACCCCGCCACAAAAACAUCUAGAGGACAAAACUGUCCCGCCGCUGAAAGUCAGCAGAACAAUUUUCCCCACACUGGGCUCAUUUUCCAUGGCUCACCAUUUGUGAUACAGUGACCUUUUUAUCCACACAACUGAUAACAUGACAGUAUCAUGAUUAGAUGGAGCUAACUGAGCGGUGGUGAACUGAAUACCAGACAAAGCAAAGGCCUCAUAGUUGAAGUGAGAUUUCUCUGUUCACUCAACUCUGAGGAAGACGCCAAGGAGCCGAUCAAAUGGAACAGAAAGUAAAUAAAACCAAGGAAAAAAUCACCAAAGUCUAUCAUAUCAUCCUCAGAGAUGCUUUUUAAAUAGAAUAAUUAGCACACAAAGCAGAGAAAUGAACAAACUCUUUUAGGACUGCCUGACCAUCAAGUGAACAAUGCAUUUAAAUCCAUUCACAGGGCUCACUGUUGCUGUAGUCAAAGAUUUUUUCAAAAAAUAAAUGGAAAAAAAAAAGCCACAGUCACAUGAGAGCGGACUAAUACCUCACUAGACAUCAGAAUGCUUCAGUCUGAUCUUUCCUAAACACAAACCUCUGUAAGUGUUGUUCACCAGAAACCGCCUUCUUUUUGACAACUGCCUUGUUAUUCAUUAUGAAUUUGGGACACGUUAUGAAUCAUGAAACGAGCAUCACAAACAUUCGUCUUGCAGCUUUUUUUAAAAAAUAAAAAAAAAUCUCCAAAGUGA